AUGGAUAAUAGAUGGUACAAUGGUAGGCAAGAGAUGUGGUAUCGUGAUCAGAGAGAACAGGAGGCUUCUAUACUUGACGAGCUUGCAGAUGAUUUUCAUCUGCCAAUUAAUCACAGACCAACAGAAAAUGUCGAUCUAGACAAUGUGGAACAAGCAUCUUUAGACACUCAGUUGACAUCAUCUAAUGUCGGUUUCAGACUCCUUCAAAAGAUGGGAUGGAAGGGAAAAGGACUUGGAAAAAAUGAGCAAGGUAUUGUCGAGCCCAUAAAAUCUGGGAUGAGGGAUCCAAAAUUGGGGAUCGGAAAACAAGAAGAAGAUGAUUAUUUUACGGCAGAGGAAAAUAUUCAGCGAAGAAAGUUGGAUAUUGAGCUUGAGGAGACCGAGGAAAUUGCAAAGAAACGGGAGGUUAUAGCCGAACGAGAGCAGAAAAUUCAAACUGAAGUCAAAGAAAUACGAAAGGUGUUCUUAUGUGAGCUGUGCAACAAACAAUAUAAGUUGGCUAUGGAGUUUGAAGCGCAUCUAAGCUCAUACGACCACAACCACCGGAAGAGAUUCAAGGAAAUGAGGGAAAUGCAUGGAAGCAGCAGUCGUGAUGACAGGCAAAAAAGAGAACAGCAACGUCAAGAUAGAGAAAUGGCGAAGAUUGCCCAAAUGGCUGGUGCUCACAAGCAGCAGCAGAAGAGUGAGGAAUCAGGAACCACCCCCGUCAUUAAUCCAGUGAAAAGUGCUACCGCACUUGCAGAUCAGGAUCAGCGGAAGACUUUGAAGUUUGGUUUUUCUGCAAAAGGAAGUACAUCAAAGAACACGGUCGGGAAUGCCACAAAGAAGCCUAAACUUGCAGUCGCUUCAGUUUUCAGCAAUGACAGUGAUGAGGAAUAG